CAAGGCACCGUCAGUUUUGCAUCCAGUCCGAUUCCCGACUCCAACCACCUUUCAAGAGGCAUAAUGAAGACGAUCUGUUUAGUUUUUCUGCUGGUAGCAGCAGUAGCUGCCAGCGAGAAGAAAUCUACAGAACAAAAGGCUGAGGGCCUCGAGAAAAAGUUGGACAAACGUGGUCUCCUGAACUUAGGAUAUGGAUAUGGCAUCAGUGGUCUCGACGUCGGCUAUAUUGGUAGCGGUCACGGUCACGGAGGCGCUUACAACUUCGUCGACGAAGGAACUCUAGCUCACUCUGGCUACGGAAUCGACCUUGGUGGUCGCACCGAUGUCACAAGAACUAUCACACUCGUCAAAGGAGUCCCAUACGCCGUACCAGUCGACAGGCCCGUACCUUACCCCGUUGAGAAGCACGUGCCAUACCCAGUAAAGGUACCCGUACCCCAACCCUACGAGGUCGUCAAACAUGUGCCUUAUCCCGUUAAAGAAUACGUCAAAGUUCCCGUACACGUACCAGCUCCGUACCCAGUAGAGAAGAAAGUGCCCUACCCAGUCCACGUGCCCGUCGACAGGCCUUACCCCGUCAAAGUGUUGGUGCCCCAACCUUACCCAGUAGAGAAGCACGUUCCUUACCCCGUCAAGGUGCCCGUACCUCAGCCCUACCCCGUUGAGAAACACGUGCCAUACCCCGUCGAAGUUAAGGUACCCGUUCCCCAGCCCUACCCAGUCAUUAAGCACGUCGGUGUGCCCGUAAAGGUUCCCGUUGACAGGCCUUACCCCGUACAUGUACCAGCUCCUUACCCCGUCGAAAAGCCAGUGCCCGUUGCUGUGCCAGUCGAGAAGCCCGUCGCUUACCCCGUACAUGUACCAGUAGACAGGCCUUACCCCGUCCAUGUUGACAGACCCGUGGCUGUGCCCGUCAAGGUGCCCGUGCCAGAGCCCUACCCAGUAUACAAGCACGUCCCCGUUGAAGUAGAAAGGCCCGUGCCCGUCCCAGUCAAGGUGCCCGUCGACAGGCCCUACCCCGUGCAUAUUGAGAAGCACAUUCCCGUCCCAGUAGAGAAGCCGUACCCAGUACCAGUUAAGUACCCAGUCUUCGUCAACGAGCACGAUCACAACAGCCACUUGAGUUUCGGAGGCUCCUACUACGAGCACUAAGUAAAUUAAGUUAGUUUAUCAUCCGCUAUCGUCACCAGCGCUAUUUAUAUCUCGCCUCUCUCGGCCGGGACACAGCAAAAUUUUCUUUUGACUAUUUAAACUGUCCUUCUAUGAGAUUUCAUGUCAUAUAAGUGUACAGAAGGUACAGGGGUACGUGUACGAUGUGAUGCAAAUGUUACCAUUAAUAGGUUAAGUCGACUGUAAUAUACGAAAUAAAUAAAAAUAAGAUAAUAAA